AAAUCAGCAAGCAAUUUGCACAUCUGCAAAACUAUAAAUUUACAACUCUUUCCACUUCUUUCCCACAUUCAUUAACGAGUAAAUCAUUACAAUGCCAACUUCAGAAACGUGCAAACCCAAAGCCUGUGCUAUCCAAGAUUGCUUAUCAGCAAAUGGAUACAACGAAUCCAAAUGUUCUGAUCUCAUUGACAAGUUAUACUUAUGUUGCAAGAACAUGUAUGAAAAAGAAGGACCCGAUGCUCAUAGUGUAUGUUGUCCAAAGUUGAGUUUAUUGAACUUAAAGCUCAAACAACGUGAAUUAGGUAAAAUAGAUGCAGAAUUACUUGAUCAUACAAGAAAAUAAUAUAUAUAAAUUGUUAGUUUAGAACCGCGUAGUAUAUCCACAAGAUAUACACGACAGAUCGAGGCUGGUAAAAACUCUUGAUCUAAGGCUUACCCGAGCACGAAAAAACUACAUAGUAGUUAUCGAUUAUAUGUGGAAGUGAUCAUAUAAACCGUGACUCUAAUGGGCGCCUACUAUUAAAGACAUUGUAUAAAGAAGAAAAAACUAUUAAAUUUCAAUCUUGGGGGAAACUUUUGUCCUUUUAUACUCCAACUCAUCGGAAAAAAAUGCGAUGCGCCGGGUAACUGCACUAUACCUCCAUACACCUUAUAUAUUAAUAAAUAUAUCAUAUACAUUGAUAAUGUACAUCUAUUUACA